AUCAUGACUACUGAAGUAGGCUCCACAUCUGAAGUAAAAAAGGAAUCUGACCAGUUAGGAGCAGAGGCAACCAAGGAGAAACCUCAAGGUGUAGCAGAAAAUCAGCAGAAUCAAUCAUCUGAUACAGAGGAGGAAAAAGGUGCCCAGUCACCUCCUGCAGCUAAAAGCCAAAGUAGUGCACACCGCCAGAAGAGGGAGAAAGAUCCAUCGGAGAGUAGGGGUAUUUCUCGAUUCAUACCCCCAUGGCUUAAGAAGCAAAAGUCAUAUAACUUAGUAGUGGCCAAAGAUGGAGGAGAUAAAAAAGAGCCUACCCAAGUUGUUGUGGAAGAACAGAUUGUAGAUAAAGAGGAAUCUCUUUUAGAAGAGAGGCAGGCCAAGGGUGCUGUGGAAGAAACAGCUCCCAGAAAACAACAGGAGAUUAAGGUUGAAGUGAAGGAAGAAAAACCUUCAGUGAGCAUUGCUCAGGUAUGCUUGGGAAGUGAUUGUCUGGAAAUGAAAGCUGCAGAAGAAGAAAGUAAGGAGAGAGAAGAGACGAAGGAGAAGGAAAUUCUGGAAGAAAAAGGAGAAGGAGAAGCAGCAAAAAGGGAGACAAAGGAAGUGCAGACCAACGAGCUGAAGGCAGAGAAGGAAUCUCAAAAAGCCACCAAGAAGACCAAAACUGUCCAGUGUAAAGUGACCCUCUUGGAUGGCACGGAAUACAGCUGUGACCUGGAGAAACAUGCUAAAGGGCAAGUAUUAUUUGACAAAGUAUGUGGACAUCUCAAUCUCUUAGAGAAGGACUACUUUGGACUUUUGUUUCAGGAAAGCCUUGAGCAGAAAAACUGGCUGGAUCCUGCAAAAGAAAUAAAGAGACAACUGCGAAAUCUUCCAUGGCUGUUCACCUUUAAUGUGAAGUUUUACCCUCCUGAUCCUUCUCAGUUGACUGAAGAUAUCACCAGAUACUUCUUGUGCCUUCAGCUCCGGCAGGACAUUGCCUCUGGCCGCCUGCCCUGCUCUUUUGUGACUCAUGCCCUCUUGGGAUCCUACACACUGCAGGCUGAACUCGGGGACUAUGACCCUGAAGAGCAUGGCCGUGAUGACCUCAGUAGCUUCCAGUUUGCUCCCACACAGACAAAAGAGCUGGAAGAGAAGGUGUUAGAGUUGCAUAAAACCCACAGGGGCUUAUCUCCAGCACAAGCUGAUUCUCAGUUCUUAGAAAAUGCAAAAAGGCUCUCCAUGUAUGGUGUUGACCUUCAUCAUGCCAAGGACUCUGAAGGCGUGGACAUCAAGCUGGGCGUGUGUGCUAAUGGACUCCUCAUUUACAAAGACAGACUGAGAAUUAAUCGCUUUGCUUGGCCGAAAAUCUUGAAAAUUUCCUAUAAACGCAGUAACUUCUACAUUAAAGUGAGGCCCGCAGAGCUGGAACAAUUUGAGAGCACCAUUGGAUUCAAACUGCCAAAGCACCGGGCAGCUAAAAGGCUAUGGAAAGUGUGUGUGGAACAUCACACUUUUUACAGACUGGUGUCUCCAGAGCAGCCACCAAAGACUAAGUUCCUGACUUUGGGGUCCAAAUUCCGCUACAGUGGCCGCACCCAAGCCCAGACCCGCCAGGCAAGCAUCCUCAUUGAUAGGCCAGCACCACAUUUUGAGCGCACCUCUAGUAAACGGGUCUCCAGGAGUCUAGAUGGAGCAAAGCCGGCCUGUGACUUGAAGAAUUCCUUGAGAGUAGAAGGGGAUAAUAUUUAUGUCAGACAUAGCAAUUUAAUGUUGGAGGACCUGGAUAAGGCCCAGGAGGACAUACUGAAACAUCAGGCUAGCAUUAGUGAACUCAAGCGCAAUUUUAUGGAAUCCACACCUGAACCACGCCCCAAUGAAUGGGAAAAACGACGUAUCACACCUCUGUCCCUACAGACACAAGGGAGUUCACAUGAGACUCUGAAUGUAGUGGAGGAGAAGAAGCGGGCAGAGGUUGGGAAAGACGAAAGAGUAAUCACGGAAGAAAUGAACGGUAAAGAGAUAUCACCUGGGAGUGGUCCUGGGGAGAUUCGUGAGGUGGAGCCACUGAUGCAGAAAGACUCCACCUCUCUGUCUUCUGAGAGCAGCAGCAGCAGUGAGAGUGAAGGAGAAGAUGUGGGAGAGUACCGCCCCCACCGCCGUGUGACCGAGGGCACAAUAAGGGAGGAGCAGGAGGAGUAUGAAGAAGAGCCGGAGGAAGAGCCGGGCCAAGCAGCCAAGGUAGUAGAGAGGCAGGAAGCAAUGCCAGAAGCCAGCCCAGUCAAACAAGCAGGUGCCAAUAUAAUCACAAUAGAAACAGUGAUCCAGGAAAACGUAGUUGCCCAAAACAUACCUGGAGAGAAGAGUGUAAAUGAAGGCGCUAUUAAGCAAGACAUGAGAGAAGAAACAGAGGAAGAGCAACAUAAAGUUAACGGAGAGGUGUCUCAUGUUGACAUUGAUGUUUUGCCAGAAAUUAUUUGUUGUUCAGAGCCACCAGUGGUAAAAACAGAGAUGGUAACAAUUUCUGAUGCCUCACAAAGGACAGAAAUCUCCACCAAGGAAGUCCCCAUUGUCCAAACGGAGACCAAAACCAUCACAUAUGAGUCUCCACAGGUUGAUGGCGGGGCAGGUGGUGAUACGGGCACAUUACUGACUGCACAAACCAUCACAUCUGACUCCGUGUCAACAACCACCACCACACAUAUCACCAAGACUGUAAAAGGUGGAAUAUCUGAAACAAGAAUUGAGAAACGUAUUGUAAUCACAGGAGAUGCAGAUAUUGAUCAUGACCAGGCGUUGGCCCAGGCCAUCAAGGAAGCCAGAGAGCAGCACCCCGACAUGUCCGUCACGAGAGUGGUGGUGCACAAGGAAACAGAGCUGGCGGAGGAAGGGGAUGAGUAG